AGCAGUACACAGUGGCUCCCCGAGGCUCGAGGCUUCUGGGCCUGCCGCAGGAGCUGUUUGACGAGAUCACCCGGUAUCUGUCGCCGGCGGCGAUGGUGCUGCUCGCCCUGGCCAGCAAGGAGCUGUUUGCCAUGUUCUGCCGGUCGAUGCCCUCCACAGGCAAGCCCGGGGAGGAGUACCGGGUGCUGGGCCGGUACAUCAGCCAGGCGGACGAGGCGGUGCGCGGGGGCGGGCGGUACCGAGGGAUGUUGCUGAGCACGCUGGACCUGGACUCUGCGAUGCUCGUGUACUGCUACAAGUGCCGGGGGAUGCACGACCCGUUUGACGCCUUUGCAGACCGGGUGUACGUCCCGGCCAAGUCUGCGCGGUGCACCGACUACGACGAGGGCAGCAGCCACAUGCCGCCCCGGGCCACGCGCAAGCUGCUGCGCGCAGUCACAAAGCACCGCCUGCGCGGCCUCGACCACAGGGCCCUGCUGCAGCAGGUCAACAACACAAAGACGCUCUGCAGGGCCGGGCACGUCGUCCAGGUCUCCCUGCGCAUGCGAUACCGCGGGGACGACAUGCUCCUGCGCCGCCAGCACGUCGUGGCGAGCCUCGACAAGACGCCCCAGGCCUUGUUUCUCUUCCGGCUGCAGCUCCUCCACAGCUCCCGCGGCGGCGACACCUGCAACUCGUCCCUCCUCAAGGGCAUCCCCGGCAUCCACCGGCCCUGCAACCACGUCUCGUGGUUGCAAAUGUAUAAACAUGUCAUCGACGACCUCAUCCUCGACCCCCUGUGCUGCUACUCCCAGAAGAGAGAAACAUCGUUACCACCCGUCGUCCACAGAGACCACAACACGUCCUGCUUCAGCCGUGAACCGCUAGACCUCGCAGGGCAGCCGGGCAACGUCGUCUCCCAGAGCCUCAGCCAAUACUCGACGUCCGGGUCUGCCUCCUCCUCCUCCUCUCCCUCCCCCUCCAGCCGCGGUCUCCCAACGACAGAACCCGCCCUGCUCGGCGGCCGCGUCCUCGGCUGCGACCGCUGCACGACCGACAUGCACCUCGCCAUCAUCCCCUUACCCGAGCCGUACGGCUGGGGCUUCGCCCUCACGACGUGGAUCGAUAUUGGCACCAUGGACCUGAGCAGGAAGUGGGACAGCCACCGCCCGGGCGCUGGGCCUCGGAGGGACUACCCCCGGGACAACAGCGGCAGCAGCAGCAGCCACGAGCCGAUCGGGUCAAUCUGUGCACGGUUUGAAGGCCUUGCGGGCAGCCCUGCUGCUGCGGACAACAACAAGGGCGGCGGCGUGAGGUUCGUGCCCCAGGUGUCGGAGCUCGACUUGGCGAGGUUGACCAACUUUGGGUCCAUGUCAUAUAGCGUCGGCGGCAGCAGCAGUAAUAGCAGUAGUAAUUGUAGCGGGACGCCAAGUUCAGCAGCGGCGGCCGCGGCGAGGGGCACGCUGCGAACAUGGAGCAUCGAGCAUGCCGUGGACCCGGCGACGGGGAGGAUAUUGGAUCCCGAUCCGCUGACUGCGGAUGACUACUGACGGAAGGGAGCACGUUCCGGACUUGGGGAGCAUGUCAAGAUGUUGUUUGGUAAGUGGUAUAACUUUUUCGGACGGCCGCCGAGGGAAAAUACCAGCUGUUUGUGCAUGUAUGCCUCCGGCCACUUUGUCCUCUCUCUCUCUCUCGAAAUAGCAAGCAGGCAGGCAAGCAGGCAGGCAGGCAAAAAAAAGCCAAAAAGGCAGACCAGCCUCCCCACGGGUAAUGCAUGCCCGCGGCGGGUUUAAGGCAGCUUCACAAACACAGGACUGCCGGCGCA